ACUUCAUUGACUCAUCGUUACCAAACAAUGGCCAAAAAUACCGUAGUCCUGAAGGGACCUUUGAAGCUCGGCCAUCCCCCUCAGACUAUCACAGACAACCGUGCCCUCUCUUUCUACGCCCAGUACGCUGCUGACUUCAAUUCCGCCAAGACCACUACAUCACCGACCAAGUACUACGCCUCCACUGCGACCCUAGUGAACACGGACCAGUCGACUAUUCAUGGUGCAGAGGCAAUCUGGGAGUACUACAUCCUCCUUUAUGAGCCGUUCAAGUGCUGUGUGCAUGAUGUGAUCUCGAUGACCCUUCUGAGCGACAAGGGAACCGACGUGCAUACUUUGAUUGUGGAGACUACGAACAACUUGCAUUUGAAGAACGGAAAGGAGCCAGUUUCACUCCCCCAGUCAUUUGUUUACGAGAUUGCCAAAUCCGAGGGGGGAUCCGGCAUGUAUGGACUGCAAAUCAACCAAGUCAGAUGCUACUUCGAUAGAGGCUUGCUGCAGAAGGCAGCAAAUACCUAAAUUUACAGAGGCUAUUUGAUUGGGACAAGUAUGACAAGCAAUACGGCUAUGGAUAAUCUGAGGAAAAGAUUAGCUUCGCAUAUAUAGCAAACUAUUUGAAUUCUAGAAGUUGAGACGCAGCUCAGGACCGUUUCUCUUGAUCUGGUCUGAGUAGCUAAAAUAAGU